CUUGCUCGUUCGGAGCCGAGCCACAUUUUCCACAAGCUCUACCAGCCAGGGAACCAUUGAUUAUUCUAAGUCCAACAGCGACUGGAGCGGAGGCCUCGGUUGAGCUGAGAACUCUUCUCUGCGGUAUGAGCAGCAUGUUUCAGGAGAUCGUGGCCUUCGUAUUCAGCACCUCAGGGUGGGUGCUGGUGUCCUCCACCUUGCCAACAGACUACUGGAAGGUGUCUUCACUUGAUGGAACAGUCAUCACCACUGCUACCUACUGGUCCAAUCUGUGGAAGACCUGUGUCACCGAUUCAACAGGAGUCUCCAACUGCAAAGACUUUGCCUCCUUGCUUGCACUGGAUGGUUACAUCCAGGCCUGCAGGGGACUGAUGAUUGCGGCCAUCUGCCUGGGUUUCUUCGGUUCCAUAUUUGCCCUCGUUGGAAUGAAAUGCACCAAAAUCGGAGGAACCGACAAAGUCAAGGCCAAGAUCGCCUGCUUUGCUGGAGUUGAUUUCAUUCUUAGUGGCCUCUGCUCGUUGUCGGCAUGUUCCCUUUACGCCCAUCGGAUAACAUCAGAGUUUUUUGACCCAAUGUAUAUUGCACAGAAGUACGAACUGGGAGCGGCUCUCUUUAUCGGCUGGGCAGGUUCAGUACUCUGUAUCAUUGGAGGAAGCAUUUUCUGUUUCUCCAUCACAGAUUCCUUCACCAAAAGCCGUAGACAGGCAAACUAUAUCUACAAAGGUGCAGCCUCACACUCUCAUAUCUCAUCGUACCCGAGAGGGCAGACAAACUCUGUAAACCAGAGGCUGCCUCCAGACUACAGCAGCUCCCCUGGGAGUCAGCACUUUGAUAAGAAUGCAUAUGUUUGAAGAAUGUGAAUAUAAAACACAAUUAUUUGAAGCCACUGGUGAGUCAUAUAUUGUCUACCAACAGCAACAUUUGUGAUAUUCAUCUAUGACUCACCAGGAUACAAGUUUAUUUUACAUUUAUGUUUCUUCCAGGUGUAUGAGUUUAAAGGUAUAUGACAUUUCAAUUUGCUGGGAAUUGAUAUUUUCUAUAAAGUUUCUGCAUUUCUGUAUUUAACAGUUCUACAUAUUGCUGUAUAUUAAAUACAUUUUAAUUAAUAUGGCACUUAUUAGAGCACAUACCUCUGCCAAGUCCCAUGAAUUGAAUCAAGCUACACUGUAUUUCACACACUCAUAGAUCUCUUGAAUAUGCACUUUUUCAUAAAAUAAUAUAUAUUGUUUUCUGGGAAAUUUGUGAAGAAAACAACCUGGAUCCACCCCAUUAUCUGGAUCUGUCCCAAAAUAUAUAGAAAUCCGUUCAGUAGUUUUCACACAAUCCUACUAACACACAAACGUGUCUCAUACGGCAAACGAUCCAAAGCACAGUUUUGUAAGACAUUUCCUUUGUUGGUUGUACCUUGUAGCUGUAAAUGACCUUUGUAUGCAAAAAUGUUUUUUGUAUGAUUUUAUAUUAAGUAAAGCUGAAGGUUGAAAAAAAGAGGGGGGGCGGGCAUC